CACGCACACACACACACACACACACACACACACACAGCACACUUUCGUCACUAGUUUUUUCUUCCUGGCUCCACAGCUGCUCCGACCCUUCCCUCCCCUCUUUCUCUCUUUCUCUGCUCUCCCUGGUCCAUUCCAGCUCUCUCCUCUCUGCCUGCGGUUGUGAGUGUUUUUGGGUGAGCGAUGUGUUGUUCGGUGGGUUUCGCCAGGUCUCUGGGUCUGGCCCUGCUGCCUCUGGCCCUUUGCUGUAUCCUGGCCAACCUGCUGCUGCUGUUUCCUAUGGGAGAAAUCACCUACAUCCAGCAGGACCGCCUGGCCAGCUACAUCUGGUACUUUGGUGGACUAGGAGGAGGGGGACUGAUGAUGUUGGUUCCAGGUGUGGUCUUCAUCACUCUGGGGAAAUGUAGCUGUUGUUGGAAUGAGAGCUUAAUGAUGUGCGGGUCAGUGUUGGCAGCUGUGGUCGGUCUGGUGGGGUCUGGCUACUGUUUCAUCAUAUCAGGGUUCGCCUUGAUGCAGGGUCCCCACUGCUUCACCUCUUUAGGAUGGUCGUAUCCCUUUGCAGACCAGGGGGGCAGGUAUCUCUUACAACCAGAGACUUGGUCACGCUGUCUUCAGCCGGCUCAUAUCAUAGAGUGGAAUGUGACUCUGCUGUGUGUGCUGCUGGGCCUGGCUGUGCUGGAGUUCAUCAUCUGCCUCUUACAGCUGGGAAACGGUUUAGUCAACGCCGUCUGCCGGCCCUGCUGCUAUAAGCAGGAGUACAGCCUCAAUGCUUAGAUAAACACACACAUGCAUGUCGACUCCCCUGCUGAGACACACGAGCAUAAUUUAAUGCUCACAUAGAAAUUCACACAUUCAGCAUGUAUGCACACAUACAGCACAUUAACGGACACAUGCAUACGCAGAGGUCUGGACACACAGCCUCAUUGCCCAGUGCUCUGUUUGUGUGUGUGUGUGUGUGUGUAUGUACAAUACAACCUUUCUACUUACAGUAGACACACGAACAAAUGCAGUAUCAUGAACACCUGGCAGCCACAUCAGUGUAACUGUUAUACUUUCAUGCUUUUAAUUUUAACUGUUAAAGUGGCAAAAAUCACUUUGCAGUCAUUGAUGAUGAUGAUGAGCUUUUCUGCUGCAGCAAGUCUCUAAAUGUCUAAGGCAACAGGUCAUUAGUCCACAAUAAUGUGGAUGUGUGUGUGUGCAUGUGUGUUUUGAGUACACCAUAGAAACAUAGAAAAAGGGUUACUUUCAAACUGGUGAAAGGAGACUGAGCAGACCAACAAGUGCAAGCAAUAAAAACAAAGUAGAGCUGUCGCCCACUUCCUGUGGUAUCAUUAUUUACUCUAUACUUUGUGUACCAUCAUAAACCAGCUACGCUACCGUUUGUAUUGUAUAAACAGAUGAUGCUAGAAUUGAAAUCAAUUUAAUUAGACUAGUAUACUGACUGUAUGAUGGCAGCCACAUAUUGUUUGAUAAUUUUGGAAAUGACAUCAGCUCAGUCAUUGCUGGUGGUGUCUUUGCAAGAAGUCAUUUCGAUUCAUUUAGUUUUUCACCAGCAUCUUGGCUGACACAAUAAUCUUGAUGAACCAGGAAGUGUCCUUUCUGUCCAGUUUUAUUCUUGUGGUUCCAACAUUUAUACACUGUGUUGGAUCACUGAUGUAUUACGAGCAGAUGUGUGUGUGCGUGUGUGUGCGUGCGUGUGUGUUUGUACACUUGUUUUCAUUCUCAGAGCAUUUUGUUGUGAAUUGUUUUCUUUGCAUCUUUCAGAUUGUAGAUCAGUGUUUUAACAAACAUUUUAUAUAUAUUUUAGUGACAUAUUUUUGUAAUGUAUGUUUGUUUUUGCUGCCUUGAAUAAAAAAAAAUAACUAUUUCCA